AUGAAGCUGGCCCUGCCUCUGCUGCUGGUCACCCUGGCCCUUUGCUGCCCCGACGCCAAUGCAGGGGAAGUUUGUCCAGCCCUUCAUUCGGUGAUGUUCAGCUUUCUGUUGGAUCCCAGAGAGGAAUACCAGCGGAAGAUUAGUGACUUUGACGCACCUGAAGAAGCCGUUCAGGGCGCAAUGAAGGUGAAGACAUGCGUAGACAAGAUGUCCAGAAUGAACCGAUUGGCGAUGGCCCACUUCGUGAAGAUUGUCGAAUUCGAGUGUAAGAAGCAGUCUGCGUAA